AUGAUUAUCAUGAAGGGAUCGAGGUUUUUGAGGCCCGCCCAGCAGCUGCUGGAGGAGCUUUGCAAUAUGGGUCGGGUCGUGCGUGUGGAUAAAAUCGGUCCCGACCCAGGAUUGUUGGAUCCUCCACCUCUGGAUAACUUAACAGGGGUUGGGAUUAUAGAUGAUAGCGGUGAUGGGGGCGAGCUGAAGAAGAAAUUGAGGUUACUUUCUAUGCUCGAUGAGGAUGGAGAUGAUUCUGAUGAAUCUGCUGAGAGUGAUGUGGAGACACCAAAUAAGGAGACUUUGAGAAAAGCUGAAGAGAUAUUCGGGAUGGAUAAUAAAGACCUUUAA